GUAACUGGUCCUAAUUGUAAAUGUAAAUUGGAGUGUUUUGAAAAAUUUACUGAUGAUGAAAAAGGCAGUUUAAUAAAUAUUUUUAAUGCUAUUGGGGAUAAAGAAAAACAGGAUACUUUUUUGGGAGGUCUUAUUUCUUUAAAGGAUGUGUCUAGGCAUAGACCUAGAAAUAAUCAAAGAGGAAAUAGAUCUUGUUCUUGUAUCUAUAAAAUUAGAAUUGAUGGAACUAAUGAAACUGCAGUAUGUAAACAAGCUUUCUGCUCAUUAUUUGGAGUAGGAAAAUCAAUCGUUGAGAGAAUUAUUUCUAAUAUUAAAUUGAACAUUCCAAGCCCAACAGAUAAGAGAGGAAAACAAACUUUGAAUCGACCCAAUAAAAUAUGUGAUCAAAUUGUGUUUCAAAUAAAAUCUCAUAUAAACAGUUUUCCCAGAUGUGUAUCUCAUUAUAGUCGAAUGGACAAUAGCGAAAAAAGAUAUUUAUCACCUGAAUUGAGUGUAAAAAAAAUAUAUCAAAUGUAUUUAAAGAAAUAUGAACAUGAUUUUUUAGAAAGACAAAGUAAAGGUGAAAAAUGUAAACCUAAAGUUAAAUAUGAUUUUUACUGGCAAUAUUUCAAUAAGAAUUUUAACUUAUCAUUUGCCUCCCCAAAGUCAGACACAUGUCAAACAUGUGACAGACUACAAAAUUUAAUAAAUGCUGAAAAAAAUGAUUUAAUUAAAGCAAAUCUAUUAGAUGAAAAAAAGAUACACAUAGAAAAGGCUGGGAUUUUUUAUUCUGAUCUGAAGAAUAUGUCUAAAGAGGCCAAAACAAAUCCUACUCUUGAGGUUCUUUCAUUCGACUACCAACAGAACAUGCCUCUGCCUCACAUACCAUCCGGUGAUGUUUUUUAUAAAAGACAAGUAUGGAGUUACAACUUUUGCAUCUACUCAGGAAAAACAGGUCAAUCAUAUUUUUUUAUGUACGAUGAAUCUGUAGGAAAAAAAGGUCAGAAUGAAGUGAUUAGUUUCUUAAAUUAUUACUUGGAAAAUCUACUACACCAAGGUAUUCAAACUUUAUAUCUAUUUGCAGAUAAUUGUAGUUCCCAAAAUAAAAACACUGCUUUAAUUUAUUAUUUAUAUACUAUCAUUCAAUCUGAAGCAUUUGGCUUAAAACAAAUUAUUCAACGAUAUCCGGAGCCUGGCCACAGCUUCUUACCCUGUGACCGCUGUUUUGGUUUAAUUGAACAACAAAAAAGAAAAAUUGAACGAGUAUAUAUUCCAAGCACAUACCAAGAAAUGGUGAAAAACACCUGUGUCAGACGGUUUAAUGUUAUUAACGUAACUCAACGAUUUAUUUACAACUUUUCAGAGUAUUUGAAACCUUAUUUUAAAAAAUGCAUCACCAACUCGAGUAAAGCUAAGUUCACUAUUAUGGCAUAUCGACAAAUAGAAUAUAAAAAAGAAGGAUUAUUCUGUACCACAAUCCCACACUCUACAAGCACUGACCAUUUUAUACUUCAUAAAUCUGUAGUCAAUAACUUUAAAUAUCCGAUGGAGAAUCUUCCUACAUUAUACUCUAAACCCCUACAAAUUAAAAGGGCAAAACUGUUAGAUGUACAAGACUUGGCAGCCAAAUAUGUACCACCAGAAUACCUAUGGUUUUACAAUCAAUUUGAAGAAAAUUAUGUUGAAAAUAAUGAUGUUCCAUGUCUGUCCGAUUAUGAAGAUUAA